AAAGAGACGAAAGAGUGGGGAAAUCCGAUACAUAUAAAUACAAUAGCUGAGGAAUAAGAGAAAAAUAAUAAGAGACAGAGUGAAUUGUUUUGGGUGAUUUUUUUUUCUUCUGCUCCGACUUCAGUCAAAGGAUUUUUUUUUUCAAUUUGCUGAGAUGCAGGGGGAUGUCGGAAUUACUAUUACUGGUGACAUUGAGACACCGCUGAGUCAGAAGGAGACUGCAGCGAAUGGUCUGGACUUUCUUCAAAUCCCUCAACUGCCAUUCACCCAGCUGGGCUAUCCCCAGGCCCACGAUUGGAUCCAGCACAGAAAAGCAACACUGAGACCAUGGAGUUUAUUUCUAAACACCAACAAUUUUCGUGCACCACCUGGUGUAACUAGACUUAGCAAACGUAUCGUCAAGAAUAUCGAGUACUUUCAGAGUAACUAUUUAUUUGUGUUCAUUGGGCUCGUUAUUUAUUGCUUAAUUACAUCGCCCCUAUUAUUACUAGUAGUCGCUGCGUCACUGGGUGCAUGCUACAAAGUAUCCCAAAGACAUGCCAAGCAGGAGUUGACGAUAUUAAAUCACAGGUUGACCCUAGCACAGGUUUACUUGGUCGUGGGAGCAUGUUCACUGCCACUAUUUUAUCUCGUUGGAGCUGGAGCUAUUCUUUUCUGGGUUUUAAGUGUAUCCUGGUCUUUGGUGCUCAUCCAUGCUGCAUUCUACAACAUAGAUUCAGUUUUAUGUCCUGGAGAGGAUGAGCUCAACUCUCUAGUGAUGCAAGAACUUGCGCAUUCAGAGAGUGGGAGCCUAUACUUUAAGGAUGGAAUUCGUUCGAUAGAUUUCGUUAUCGUCUGGGAUGAGCAUGACGGACAGGCCUCGGCAUUUCGCAGCAGCGAGUAUCGCAAGAUAUUUGAAAGGAAUCUCGAACUCGAGGGUCUCCACCUGGAGCACGAGUCCCCGGAGCCCAGUGGGUUGCGCUUCACAAAAAUCCAUGCACCCCGCGAGGUUCUACGUCGUUACGCAGAAAUUCUGAAGCUCCGUCUCCCCAUGAAAGAGCUUCCAAUGCCAACCUCAACCACCCAACGUCCCAACACCCUAAUGCGAGAAGUAAAUAGUUGCAUUCAGAUAUUCUUCUCACGUUUCUACGUAGACCAAACAAUUUUUCCGACCAUGAAGCAUCGAUUCACAGCUGUUUACAGCCGUGACAAGGAGUACUUGUUCGAUCUCGAUGCACCAGAAUUUUUCUCACCAGCUACACACUCGAGGAUUGUCCAAUUUAUCUUGGAUAGAACGAGAUUUUCGGAUGUUAAAGGCGAGGAUUUUGCGUUUGGAAUUGAUAGAUUGAUUUCUGAGCAUGCUUAUGUGGCAGCUUACCCACUGCAUGAUGGAAGCCUGCGCACCCCAGACUCCAUGCGCUACCUCCUGUACACCCACUGGGCGAGCCUGCGAAGAUUCCUCCACUACCAGCCCCUGGACUACAUAAAAGAGUACUUCGGCGUGAAAAUCGGCCUCUACUUCGCCUGGUUGGGUUUCUACACGCACAUGCUUGUGCCAGCGAGUCUGAUGGGGCUACUCUCCUUCGCCUACGGCUGCAUCAGCCUGUCGUCAAACCAACCCAGCGAGGACAUCUGCCACGGCAACACCUCCAUCGACAUGUGUCCCCUCUGUGACAAAAUAUGCGGCUACUGGGACCUGCGUGAGACGUGUUUCCACGGUAGACUGACGUAUCUCUUCGACAAUCCCUCGACAGUUUUCUUCGCAAUCUUCAUGUCCCUCUGGGCGACCCUCUUCCUCGAGCUGUGGAAGAAGUACUCGGCGGAGAUCACCCACAGGUGGGAUCUGACGGGUCUCGACGCCCAGGAGGAGCAUCCGAGGCCCCAAUACCUCGCGCGGCUCUCCCACGUGAAGAAAAAAUCCGUGAAUGUGAUAACGAAUACAGUGGAACCGACUGUUCCCUUCUGGAGCAUGAGACUGCCAGCAACAAUUCUAUCAUUCUCCGUUGUUCUACUGCUGAUAGCUGUCGCCAUGGCGGCUGUAAUCGGCGUCAUUCUGUACAGAAUGUCCAUUUUAACGACACUGAGUGUCUACGGGCAAUCAGCGAUAACGAGUAAUGCCAUUCUCUUCACCACUGCCACCGCUGCCUGUCUCAAUCUCUGCUGCAUUGUUCUCUUCAAUUGGCUGUACGUCUGGCUGGCAGAGUACCUCACCGAAAUGGAGCUCUUGAGGACCCAGACUGAGUUCGACGACAGUUUAACGCUCAAGAUUUAUCUGCUUCAGUUCGUCAAUUAUUACGCUUCGAUAUUCUACAUCGCGUUUUUCAAGGGGAAAUUUGCGGGACAUCCCAGCACUUAUAACAGAUUAUUCAGAUACAGACAAGAGGAAUGUGGCCCUGGUGGCUGUCUAACCGAGCUGUGCAUCCAACUGAGUAUCAUAAUGAUCGGAAAACAGGCGAUGAAUUCCUUCCUGGAGAUGAUGUUUCCCCUUUUCUACAAGUGGCUGAACACUUGGAAGGUUCACGUCAAGCCUGAUGACUCCCUCAAACAAGAGAGAAGCUUUCGGAAGUUUCCUCCAUGGGUGAGGGAUUACAAACUAGUGGAGUGGGGUCCCAGGAGUUUAUUUCCAGAGUAUCUCGAGAUGGUCCUGCAGUAUGGUUUCGUCACGAUAUUCGUGGCUGCCUUUCCCCUGGCCCCUUUCUUCGCUCUGUUGAAUAAUGUCUUCGAGAUGCGGCUGGACGCCAAGAAACUCCUGACCAUGUACAGAAGACCCGUUGGACAGAGGGUCAGGGACAUUGGCAUCUGGUACAGAAUAUUGGACUCUGUCGCAAAACUGUCGGUCAUCACCAAUGGGUUCAUCAUCGCAUUCACUUCUAACUUCAUUCCGAAGAUUGUUUAUCAGAUGAGUGUCUCGGAGAAUGGGUCUUUGGAUGGAUUCCUGGAGUACUCGCUGUCCAAGUUCAAUACUUCGGAUUUUGAGGAGGGGGUGAGACCGCAGGAUGUGGGAGGGAGGGUCGUGGAGGUCUGCAGGUAUCCGGACUUCAGGGGAGGACCUGGGGAGGAUGGGGAGUACGAGGUCACCAGCAUGUACUGGAGGAUCUUGGCCGCGAGGCUGGCGUUCGUCGUUGUGUUUGAGAAUACUGUUGCUUUAGUGAUGAUUCUAGUCCGUUGGUGCAUCCCAGACAUGAGCCCAGAGCUUCGUGAUAGAGUAAGACGUGAGGCAUACAUCACAAAUGAAAUAAUAAUCCAACGAGAGGCUCUCAGGGCCUGUGAAAGGGGAGUUGACGAGCCUGAAGCUGUUCAAAGACGUACUUAUAUUAACGAAAAUGCUGACAGAUUGAAUCGAGUGUUGAGAGACUCACUGUCAAUGUCUGAUUUCGAUCUGGAGGUGCAUGGGAGUCCAGCUACCCCCGAAGCACCUCCACGAACUGGUCCAGCUGCACUUUAAUCUUUAUUCAUCCAUUUGUUUUAUUUUCAAUGUUCAACAUUUAUUUCAAAAUUUAAUCCGGCCUAUUAACUCUUAUAAUUAAGUUUCUUCUCCUGAUCGAUUCUUCAUUCUGAAAUUCGUGCAAUUUUAAUGGAAUUUUUCUGUUAUUCAUGUCUCGUGUGAAUGAUAUUUCAAUAUCCAGUGAUAUUUAACGAUAAUUAUGUUCAGAGCUUUGAAAGCUCGUUAGUCAAGAAAAUUGAUAUUUUAUGAUAUUCAAAGUACUUAUUCGCACAAAGAUUUAUAUAUUAUACACAAACCGUAAAUAGUUAUUGGUGAUAAUACAUAUACAAACGAAUUUGAAACUCUACCUCUGGAAAAGGAUCUGAAUAUAUUUUUAAUGUAUGGCGAUUUAUAUUUUAUUGAAGAAUAAAGACUUAUUUA